AUGCAGCGCGCCUUCUCCUCCGCGCCCCGGGCAGUUGCUCGAUCAUCAUCCCGCAUCACAUCUGGUCCAUUGAUCCAGCAAAGAUUCGCACACAAGGAGCUCAAGUUCGGCGUCGAGGGUCGUGCUGCGUUACUGCAGGGUGUGGAUACGCUUGCGAGAGCGGUUGCGACGACACUUGGGCCAAAGGGCAGGAAUGUCCUGAUCGAGUCGAGUUAUGGCUCGCCCAAGAUCACAAAGGAUGGUGUGACCGUCGCUAAAGCCGUAACACUCAAAGACAAGUUCGAAAACCUCGGUGCUCGCCUCCUCCAAGACGUCGCCAGCAAGACCAACGAGGUCGCUGGUGAUGGCACAACCACCGCCACCGUCCUCGCCCGCGCCAUCUUCUCCGAGACCGUCAAGAAUGUCGCCGCCGGCUGUAACCCAAUGGAUCUGAGGAGAGGCACCCAGGCAGCUGUUGAGGCUGUUGUGAAGUACCUCCAGGCCAACAAGCGUGACAUCACCACAUCUGAGGAGAUAAGCCAAGUGGCCACCAUCUCAGCCAACGGCGACACACAUAUUGGUAAGCUCCUCUCCCAGGCGAUGGAGAAGGUUGGCAAGGAGGGUGUCAUCACCGUGAAGGAGGGCAAGACGAUCGAGGACGAGCUGGAGGUGACGGAGGGCAUGAAGUUCGACCGCGGCUACAUUUCACCAUACUUCAUUACCGACACCAAGGCACAGAAGGUUGAGUUCGAGAAGCCCCUGAUCCUUCUCUCAGAGAAGAAGAUCUCUGCCGUUCAGGACAUCGUCCCCGCACUUGAGGCCUCCCAGCAGUUGCGACGACCACUCGUUAUUAUCGCCGAGGACAUCGACGGUGAGGCGCUUGCCGUGUGCAUCUUGAAUAAACUCCGUGGCCAGCUCCAAGUCGUUGCAGUCAAGGCACCAGGGUUUGGCGACAACAGGAAGAGCAUCCUCGGUGACUUGGCUGUCCUUACGAACGGCACCGUCUUCACUGAUGAGCUCGACAUCAAGCUCGAGAAGGCUACGCCUGAAAUGCUCGGCUCCACUGGCAGCAUCACCAUCACAAAGGAGGACACCGUCAUCCUCAAUGGCGAGGGCACCAAGGAUGCCGUGACCCAGCGCUGCGAGCAGAUUCGUGGCGUCAUGUCUGACCCUACCACGUCUGAUUACGAGAAGGAGAAGCUCCAGGAGCGUCUCGCGAAGCUUUCGGGCGGUGUCGCCGUCAUCAAGGUUGGCGGUGCGUCCGAAGUCGAGGUGAGCGAGAAGAAGGAUCGCAUGGUCGAUGCUCUGAACGCUACCCGUGCUGCCGUCGAAGAGGGCAUCCUGCCAGGUGGUGGUACCGCUCUUCUCAAGGCCGCAGCCAACGCUCUCAAGGACCUCAAACCCGCUAACUUUGACCAACAACUUGGUGUCGCUAUCGUCAAGUCCGCCAUCACGCGCCCGGCACGAACGAUCGUUGAAAACGCCGGUGCUGAGGGUUCCGUUAUCGUUGGUAAGCUGAUGGACGAGUUCGGGGCGGACUUCAACAAGGGCUUCGAUUCGCAGAAGGGCGAGUAUGUUGAUAUGAUUGCUUCUGGUAUCCUUGAUCCCUUCAAGGUUGUACGAACGGGCCUUAUGGACGCGAGCGGUGUUGCGUCACUGUUGGGUACGACUGAGGUGGCGAUCGUGGAGGCGCCUGAAGACAAGGCACCACCAAUGGGAGGCGGGAUGGGUGGCGGAAUGGGUGGUAUGGGCGGUAUGGGCGGUGGAAUGUUCUAA